UAAAUAUCUCCACUCCAGGUGCCAAACCUGCAAUAAGACCUGUUUCCCAUAAUCUGUUGUAGAAAUAUUUCUAAUGGCUAUGCACUUAAUGCAUUAUUAUCGUCUAUCGUUUCCAGUGUGCCAAGGGUACACAAUCUAUUGAGAUCUUACAAAACACUGAACCAUGUCAAAGUGAGGCUUUAGAUAACAGAUGACGAGAUUCCACAGCCAUCCCCAUGGGUCAAAGCAUCUUGAUAUUUGACGUCGAUGAGGGUUAUUGCAUUAGCAGUGCAAUAUGGCCACCAUUCACUCCAUCCUUGGGGAUUAAAGUAGCGGCACAAUUCCAGUCUCAUCCAUUGAUCUGUGAAGAGCACAGGCAAUAAGCCAGUUAAGUGAUGUGCCAAGCCGAAGGCACACUUUGGAGGGGAAAAAAGUACACGCAUAUUUUCAGCACGUGUUCACAAGACUAGCUGUCUACUGAUAAAAGUAAAACCACCUUUCAGCCCAUUAGCGGAGCUUAAUUGUUUUGCACAGCAACGUUUAAACACCCUUGGAUUUCAUUAUGGCGCUAAGAAGAACGUUUUACAAACUUAAAGGCUGUGCUAAAAAAAGAAGAGGACAGUGGCGGCACGAGGUGAAAAGGAGAGUUGCCAAGAUGUAUUUUUUACUAAUUAAAGCUUAGGUUCAGCUGCUCUCUUGAAAACCACUUUUAAUACUGGGUGGUAUUUAUAUUAAUUAAUUUGCUGUAUCAUUGUAACAGAAUUAAUCACACACAAAAAAUGUAUUAUGAAUUAUGGUUUUUCCUUUGAGCUUACAAAAUAAGUCUUUUUAAACAUGUAAGGUUUAUCAUAUACUGUAAACUAAAAUGAAGGUAUGGGGAAGUGUGUAUGUUUAAUGCAACAUUCCUCUUAAGGACUAUGACUAACUAUUCAUCUUAAGGACUACGCAAGGACAUUCACUUGAGUUUCUCGUGUCUAAAGAGGCAAAUGCCAAAUACUGUUAUUUUAUUACAGCAUGCUGCAGUGGGUGAAGCUCAACAACAAAACAGGUCCUGCUUUCCAUAAGUGGCAACUUGUAACAGAAUCGGGCUGUGAGAUUCCCCUUUUCUGUAUGUUAAUCCCUGGGUUCUGUGGCACAAACGACAAUGAGCAAAAGAAGGAGGAGAAACAGCAAGAGAAGGAAAAGCUCCAGCAGUACAAAAUACAGCCACUCUCCAUUUCAAUUUCAAUAUCAUAGCAGUGAACCCAUACAUAAAACGACAGAAUACGAAAAUGACAGAACUUCAGCUGAAAAGGGGGAAACGGAUACAGCACAUAGAGAAAACUUUGUACUGGAAACUGAUGAUGAAGAGGAAAGUGAGCCUCAUUUCCAACACAAAAAUAAAAGGUUUAGCCAUGACACUCUUCAAGACCACUGUUGGAACAAAGACAAGCACACAAUUCCACCACCCGAUGAGGAGAACAUAAAAGGAGUUAAAAUAACGACGUCAGUGACAAUAGAUGAUCAAGAACUGUUGACGUCUGGAAAAAUAAUCUUCCAGCAGUCCCAUGAACCCACAGAUAGAGAAAAAAUCAACAAGACAGUGACAGUCACCACCACCAAAGUGAAGUAUACUGUUUCUAACUUGAAGGUGGAAAUUAAAGAAGUGCUCCAUUCAGAUGACCCAGAUGUAAAGUCUACUUUUACAGUCAAAAACAAAGAAGGGAAGAGAACAAAAACUUGUGUUAGCAGUCAAUGGAAUAAAUGUCCUUCUCCUAACAAUGAUGUGCACAAUCAGCCCUGCUCAGUUAAUACAAAUAUAAAUUCUACAAUACAGAGCCAAGACAACAGAAACCAGAAAAGACAUAACUUUAAUCUUAGUAUCACUGAGAUAAAUACAAACUUUGCAGAGACUGCAAAGAAUUCCAUCGAGUGUGAGGAGGACACAGAAUGGUAUAAAGGCUGCUGUGAAGAUCUAAAUAAUAAUAAGUACAGGUUACAUAAUCAUCAACUACAGAGGGACUACAAUGACAUAGACUACCAAGAAACGGAGGGCUCUUGUAGUCUUUAUACAUUGUCUGACUGCAGUCUUCACUGGACGGAACACUCAGCUCCUGAGACACUAUGCAAAGAGGUAGUAUCAGAGAUUCCUCCACCUCAUGAGUUUGCAGACGAAGAUGAGACGUUAAUAGAUGACCUCACAGGGGACAUGGCUUCAUGUGAGAUUGGAAACUGCUAUCACUCAGGAAACCAGGCAGAAGCAGCUACUGCUCUGGGUGGAUUUACAUCUUUUGAGGGCACUAGAUACGUUUUUGACACCAAAUGCCAAGACUCUUUGGAUAGUGAACAGAGUCCUAAUGCAGAAAAUCUAUCUGAAUGUGAUAACUACGACCCCUUAUUGAUGGGACCCAAAAUGCCAAUGAGUAGGUCCAGUUUUACAAAACAUUUUAUCCAUAAUCAUGAAGGGAAAACUUGGAUGAGAAAUAACAGCAUUGCCAUUUUAGAAAGCAAGCCUAUUUCAUCCUGUUACUUUGAACAACAGUCUAAGAGAAGAAAGACAUUCCCAGAAACUGCAGAUUGUUCCAACAAAAUGCAAGACAGCUUGCCAUUGUACAGAGAAUCUAUUUCUUCCGGCACACUUUCCUCGUUUUUUAUGAAAACACUUCCCCUUCAGUCAGGAAGAUCAGGGAGGUUUUAUUUGGAGGAUGAGAGACCUUUUAAGUUUUGUGCAGAACGCCGGAAGUCUUCAGAGAAUGGCACAUGUCAUAACCCAGGAAGGAGUGCAUUCAGUAUCCAUAAAACAUUUCCUUUAAACCCUUCCUUGUCAGGGAAAAGCAAGAACCCGUUUUAUCCUUCUGAGUCUGAGGAGAGCACAGAUGAGGUUUUUGCAAAAUUUGGACAUCAUUUCCAUGAGGAAUGCAAAGAAGAUGAAGAAACUGUCAUUCUAGAAUCAAAUUCUGAGAUGAAUUCAUGCAAAGAUAUAGUAGAUGGAGACUGUUACCGUAUCGGAACUAUAGAGCAGGGUGAGUUCACUGAGAGCGGCUUUGAUGAAGAGAUGGUCGAUGUCGAUGAUCAUAAUCUUGAACUUUCUGGGGAUUUCCAUAUUACAAGAAAGGAUUUACUUAUCCAUGUCACACCACCUUCCCGAAGCUCCUCCAUUGAAUAUAUUAGUGAUAAAAGCCAUGUCAGCACUCCACUUAAUGGACUUGAGGAUAUCACAGAGAUACCUGAAUCUAAUCUGCAUGAGAAAGAGAAUCCUGACCUUGAACCAAAGAAAAGACGAGGUUCAGUGAUGACAGUUAUCAUAGGAGACUCUGAGCAGAGAUUUAUUCAAAAUGACAAUAAACCUCAAGAGACGUCGGUUCCUGAGAGGAAUCACAGAGACAGCUUAAGUACAGUUUAUAACUUUCCAUCAGUGUCCCCCAUUUUAGAUGUGGAUGAGAUGGAGGCGGACAGCAAUGGUGAUUCACAUGUUGAAGUGAAAUUGUCCUGCCAGAGCUCUCUUGCACUUGAAACAAGCAUGUCAAACCAGGCCCUCGCUGAGGUUUUAGAAGAGCAGGUAUCCACGGGACCAGCUGAAGGAAGUCAGGAGAUAUCCACAAAUACAAUAACACUGAAACAGACCUCUGAGCAGUGCGAUGUAAGCCCUUUGGAGGAAGAUCUGAAAGAAAAUGAGAAAACUGAAAAAGAGGACACUAUGACUGUGCCAGAGACAUGUGGUCCCAGUUCUGAUUUAUGCAAGAAAAAGCUGCAAAAAGAAGAUUCAGCUGAGAAGCCAAGUGGCCCAAAAUCACCCCAAGAUAAGAAAACAGAGGUCAGAAAGCACCUGAAGCCACCUGCAGACCCGGUGCUGAAAGACACACGAGCUGCAGAGAGUGUCCAGGAAGAUGAAUCUGAUCACUGGGCCAAGAGGCGCAAGCUGUUCAAGGAGAGUAAGCAGUGGAGUUCAGCCGGCGGGAGCUCAAUCACCAGCAACAUCACUGAAGAAUCAGUGAACUCAGAGGACACUCGCUCAGUGGAUCUGGCAGCGCGGGAGAAUGAAGACAAGGGCUUUUACACAGAGACCUUCCAUUCAGCCUCCUGGAUCUACAGAGGAGACGAUGUCAGCCCAAAUGACAGCCCCAGGUGUCUAAGCAAGAGGCCUCGGCCUGUAGCAAUUCGAGAGAGAACUGUGAGAAUCACAAAAGGAAUGGGAGACUAUCCUUGGGGAUUCAGAAUCCAGUUCUCGAAGCCUAUCUUGGUCACAGAAGUUGACACAAAUGGAGCCGCGGAGGAGGCGGGCCUCCUGGUGGGAGACAUCGUGAUGACCGUGAAUGGAACAGAUGUCACCAGUGUCCCACACUCUGAAGCAGCCGAUCUGGCCCGCCAAGGGCCAGACACUCUCACCUUAGUGAUCGGUUCUGACAUCAGCAGAUGCCCCAACACCCCCAGACCAGCGUGUCGGGGAUAUCUGCACAAGCGCACGCAGUCAGGGUUCCUGAAGGGCUGGAGAAAGAGGUGGUUUGUGCUGAAGCAUGAUGGUUGUCUUUACUACUACAAAAAUAAAAAGGAUGAAGGGAAGUGUCGAGCCCUGGAGUCAAUGAAGUUAGAAGGGGCUGAAGUGGGGCCUGAUACUAGCCUUGGAAAACCAUUUGUGUUCAAGUGUUGCCCUGUCUCUGGGAACCGAGUUUACUACUACUGUGCAACAUCAAACCAAGAAAUGAAAAGGUGGCUGGAGGCAAUGGAAAGAGCUGUCCACCCUAUCACUCAGAAUCAUGUGUGGGUGGAUGUCUCUCGACAUAAUGCCAGCCUUCCCCCGCUGGCUAUCAAAAAUCCUGAAUGCCUUGGCCUUCUUCAUCAAAUGGACAAAAACAAGGAUGUGUGGGUGCAGCACUACUGCAUAUUAAAAGAUGGAUGUCUCUAUUUCUAUACUGGCAUUCGUUCAACUCAUGCUUUAGGAGGAAUCUACUUGCAUGGUUACAUUGUGAGUGAACAGCCAUUUGGAUCCAGAAGGUCUACUAUUGAACUGAAGCCCCCUUCAGAAGAAUUUAAAACCUUCUACCUCUCUGCAGAGAAUGCAGCCGAAAACAAACGCUGGAUCUUAGCGCUAAGAGCCUCGAUAAACAAAUGGCUGCCUUUACAUCAGGCUAUCCAAGACUUCAUGAAUCGCCCACCUGAAGAAACCAGAAUGUGAACAUGAACAGCAGACCACACUUUUCACACAGCUAAUGCUGCUUUCUUCAAGUGCAUUGUCUCCUCAAGGUUCUUGUUUAGACUGAGACACAUUACCUUUCGGCUUUAUAGAACAAAACUGUAGAUUUUAUACAAAUGUAUUUGUCUCAUAUAAAAUACUUUAGUUGUAAAAGUAUUCCACAUACUAUAAUUCAUACAUCUGGUACAAGUAUCACCUAAUGUCAGUUUCCUGUUUUUAUAUAUUUUUUAUUGAUGUGACAGUCUAUACUUUAAUUUGGGUAGUUAAUUUCAAUUUAAAAAAUUAAACACCUCAAAUGUUAAAAAUAUGAAAAUAUAUAGGUUAAUAUAUUAAUAAUGUAUUUUACAUACAAGAAUCUACUUA